CCAAAUCGUAUAUAAUCAGUUAAAUGACGGCGUUUGAGCGUAUAAGUUUGUUGCCUGUAGCACAGCCUAAAGACUUGAACUCAAAGUGCGAUUACACAAUUUCACACUGCCACGAAAGUGCACGCAAAACAAAUCGACAUCGACCCACAUUUAAGAGAGCACAUCAUGAUGCUAAAACGCAUCCAUCAGUUACUUCUAUACGCGCUGUGUCUGCUUAUCUUGACUGUGUUGUGUGCACCAGCACCGAGUGAAUCGCGGCGGGUGAUCUUCUUGGCGCCACCCGGAAUUGCCCGCGGGCAGAUACUGGCUACGCAUGGCAUGGAGAAGUCUUGCCAGAAGUGCCAUAUGAGAGACCACCGUGGCAACUGCCGGCGCAUAAUAUCGUACAGUUCAGAUGGCGUGAGCUGCUGACAUCGAGGCCGGACGUAGUUAUGUCGUGGCUAUCAAACUGAAUCUCUAAUUCACUCAGAAACCAAAACAAAACACGUCAUUCGUAUUUAUUCGCCUUUCAGUGCACUAUUUAUUACAUUAUUUCACAGUUCUUUUGUCUUCUGCUAAUAAAAUUUGAUGAACUUCUGCAAGCAUUAUAAUAAUAUUUUGUUUGCAUAUUACACAAUAUGAGGAGUGCCCGACUACGAAAUUGCCUGAACCCAUCGCCGUGUUGCCGUCUCAAAUAUUCAGACUUCCAUGUGAUUCGGAGUAGUAGGUCGAUGUCUUACGAGUCCCUGGUAAGAAGUAUUAUGACUGCGAAUUUGGAAACACAAAUCUGUGAUUUAUAAUUAACUUGAACUGCACUGCACGUUUACACUGGGAGGAACUCUGCUUUAAAUUUAAUAUGUCCACCUCCUUUAAUUUCUGAAACCAACACGUUUAUAAAUACCCACAGACGGACGGCCGGUCGGACGGACACACGAAGAUUUGGGUAAAUCGACUCGGCCUGUUGAUGCUGAUCUUCUGCCUGUCACAUACGAAUAUCAUUACACCUUGUUAAAAAUGAGCAAACAGCGCUCGGUCAAAAAUCGAGAAGUUCCAGCGGCAAGCCCGCAUACAAUACACUAAGCAUACUAUAUUUUGUUGUAUGAUGGAACAUUACUUCUUUGGACAAUGGCGGGUCCAAAUGACGAAAAUACAUUUUAUUUUUUAAUAAACCUUAACAUCUAUUUUUGUUUAUUGUUUGUAAGGUCAGUUCAUAUACAUACUUCACCAUUACUUAUUCAAAUCUAAAACCUUUUAUAAUCGAAAAAAUAAAGUAAAGCUUAUUUAGCGACCUACAUGCCUUAGUUAUAAAGAUUAGACGUCGAUAAAGUACUUCUUGUUAGAGUCUAUCAACAAAGGUCUAAUAUAUUUUAAUGCUGAAUUCUGAACGUCGACUUUCCGAAUUUCCAAAACAAGCCCACGAAUAGUCACAGCAUAAAUAAAUUUUUGUGUUUCUUAAAAUGUCAUGAAUGUGCUCCUUAGAUAUUUUAAAAAUUUAAUCAAAAUCGGAGUAUUAUAUCUGUCAGA